AUGACGCAAGAAUCAUUCCUGGUAAACCUUCAAACCAAUGUCUCCGUGACAUCAAAGAAUCCCCCAAUUAUCUCGGUAUCAGUCAAAAACACACAUUCCUCCGAGGUUGCGACGAUCCUCAAAUGGGAGUCUCCAUUGGAUCCCGCCGCACUGGCUCUGGGCCUGGUAUCCGUCAUACCCGCUGGUACGACGGAGCCGAUCCGCAUCAACGCGCUCAAGAUUAGCCGGGCAAUGCCGCCGGGCUCCGAGUCGCUGGUGACGUUGGGUCCCGGGGAGAGCGCGACAAAUACCCUAGAGCUGCGGGAACCGAUCGUGCCCGGAAGCGUCUGGGCGUCUGGGGACCCUGCCACGGUCUGGCUGAGCGGGAGGUGGAUGGCAGUCUGGCUGGGACUCACCAAGGACGAUUUGCAGAAGGACAUGCAAAAGCUGCAGGCUGUCGGAGCCGGAGUUGGUUCCUUGAUUGGGAGAUGGGAAUCCAAUAAGGUGCUCAUCUGA